UAUUCCCUCUCUGGAUCUGAGCUCUGUUCUGCGGCCCUUCUCUUUCUUUCUUUCUUCGCUUUGUUUUGUUUGGUGAAUCUAAAUGCGAAUAUCAUUGUUGUCGUCAUCUUCAUCAUCACUGCAAUAAUUAUCAUCAUCAUCAUCAUCCUCGACCGACGAACGAGAAUAAAGGUUUCAAUUAUCAAGCUUUUGUACAAGUUUGUUCAAAAUCCGUUCUUGUCAAACACAAACAGAAAGAAGGCUCAUUUGAUUGAAGCAGAGACACAUAAGCUGGCUGCGGAUUGUGAAUGGACGUGAGGAAUUGGGUAGAGGAGGUAUUGAUGUUUUAGAAGAAAAUGCUGUUGUAUUUGAAGCAGCCGAAUCAAUGAUGUGUUUGUUGCUUAUGAGCUGAGAUAAUAGAGGUUGGUUGUUGUUUCAAUUGAAUUGAAUGAAUGUGUGAUUGGUUCCCGAGCCAGAGGGGCUCGGGAUCUAGAACUUCACUGCAGAAAACGAUGUCAGACAAUGAAAUGCCUUUGGAAGAGGAGACACCUGCUUCAACCGCACUCGCUCCUGAAUCCCAUGCCUGUAUGCAAAAGUUCACGCUUUAUGAGACACGAUCGAAGUUUUAUAUGAUUGGAAGAGAUAAGAGUAAAACAUGGUGGAGAGUACUCAAGAUUGACAGAUCAGAGCCUUCGGUGCUAAACAUCCGUGAAGAUCUUACCACCUAUUCAGGGAGGGAAUGCUCUGACCUUUUAAGAAGAAUACACGAGGGAAACAAGGUCACCGGCGGCCUAAAAUUUGUCACUGCAUGUUAUGGAAUUGUUGGUUUUAUCAAGUUUCUUGGGCCUUACUAUAUGUUGCUUAUCACAAGAAGAAGGCAGAUUGGUGCAAUAUGUGGACAUAACAUAUAUGCUGUUUCGAAGAGUGAAAUGAUCCCCCUCGAGGAUUAUAAUUUACAUGGAAACACGGUUAAUAAUAAGAGUGAGAAUAGAUACAAGAAGCUCCUAUGCACGGUGGAUCUUACAAAGGACUUUUUUUUCAGUUACUCAUACCAUGUCAUGCACAGUCUUCAGAAGAACAUGCGUAAAGAUGAGACAAGACCUGUUCUAUACGAAUCCAUGUUUGUUUGGAACGAGUAUAUGACGCGUGGAGUAAGGAAUAUUCUCCAGAAUACUUUAUGGACUGUUGCAUUGGUGUAUGGAUUUUUCAGACAGACUACACUGUCUAUAGCUGGGAGAUACUUUAAGCUGACACUUGUUGCAAGACGCUCACGUCAUUAUGCUGGUACCAGAUAUUUGAAGCGAGGUGUGAACGAUAAGGGCAGAGUAGCUAAUGAUGUCGAAGCAGAGCAGAUUGUAUUUGAGGAUGUUCCAGAAGGGUGUCCCACACAGCUUAGCUCCAUUGUUCAAAACCGUGGCUCAAUUCCACUCUUCUGGUCACAAGAAACUUCACGCCUGAAUAUUAAGCCUGAUAUCAUAUUAUCGCAGAAGGAUAGAACUUAUGAGGCCACCCGGCUCCAUUUUGAAAAUCUUGCCUUGAGAUAUGGAAAGCCUAUAAUCAUUUUAAAUUUGAUCAAGACUAAUGAAAGGAAGCCUCGAGAGUCUAUCCUCCGUGCAGAGUUUGCCAACGCGAUUGAAUAUAUUAAUAAAGAUCUACCAGAGGAAGAACGACUUAAGUUUUUACACUGGGAUCUACACAAACAUAUACGGAGCAAAGCUGCAAAUGUUCUAUUGCUGCUGGGAAAGGUGGCAGUAUAUGCAUUGUCAUUAACAGGCUUCUUCUAUUGUCAUGUAACUCCAGACUUGACUGCUGAUGGGUGCCUACAGUUUCCUUAUUUUAAGGAUGACAAUGCUGGUGACCAGUCUACCCCUACAGGUUGCAGUUCCAGCAUCGACAAAAAUGGAAAUGACGAUAAUGCUGAGAUGUUGGAGACAGAAAUUCAUGAUGAACAUAGCCUAGUCAAUGAAAAACAUCCUGUCAAGCUGCCCAUGUUUCAGAACGGGGUUCUCAGGACCAAUUGCAUUGACUGCUUGGACAGGACCAAUGUUGCACAGUAUGCAUAUGGAUUGGCAGCACUUGGGAAACAGCUUCAAGUUCUUGGGAUUACAGAUGCGGCAAAGAUAGAUCUUGAUGAACCAGUCGCUAAUGAGCUAAUGAGGUUCUACGAGAGGAUGGGUGAUACACUAGCACACCAGUAUGGGGGCUCAGCUGCACACAACAAGGUAUUCUCUGAGAGAAGGGGUCAAUGGAAAGCUGCAAUUCAAUCCCAAGAAUUUUUUAGAACUCUCCAGAGAUACUAUAGCAACGCAUACAUGGAUGCAGAGAAACAAAAUGCAAUUAACAUAUUUUUGGGUUAUUUUGAGCCAGAAGAGGGUAAACCUGACUUAUGGGAACUGGAAUCUGAACAGCACUAUAAAAUGCAGAGGAAUGGGCAAGCCACAAAGGAAGAGAAAGGAGGGCUGUUCUUUAAACGUUCCUUUUCUGAUGGUAAUAUUCUCCGUGAAAGCAGCUCACCCAUAUCAAGCACGAGCAUCAAACAUGAUCUUUCUAUCCCUUCAUUUCCAGUCACUGAAUCCCCAGAGAGAAGUGUUUUUUCUGAAUCAAGUCCUGAAAUAUCUGCUUGUGAAAAUGAAGAGACAUUUUCAAGGUAUACUUCUUCGUCAAUGCCACGGAGACAAAUUUUUCAGGACAUCCCAACAGUAGGAGCCGCCCCCCUUGAGAAUAGUCAAGCUGCUGAUAUGGUUGAUUCGGCGUCCAACUUCCUUGAUGUAGACUGGAUGUCAUCCUCUUGCGAUGAUGAGUUAUUUGAAAGGUCUAGUACUUUAACUUCGCCGUGUGGUGGAGCAUCGUCGGAGAAUGUGAUAAAUGGAGAGUCAACAUUAAUAUCAUCAUCCUCAGCCAGCGAGUAUGGUUCAAGCUCCUGCAAGGGAACUGAAAAUGCAGCAACUGAUCAGCCACCCUAUGAAGAAGAAGCUGGUGAUGAAUUUUCAGACAGUUUUGUGCGCUGGGUCACGUCUGGAGAAGCACUUUGCCAUUAGAUUAUAAUUUGAAAAGCAAUUAAAACUUGGAUGUUGUUAGUCACUCAUAUUCUUCCAACUUGGAUCAGCCAUGCAUAUGCUUGAACUUGAAGGGUGGUGGUUCGAUGAAUGCAUCUUUCCGCCUUCGUUUUAGACACACACACAAACACACACACACGGCCAGGGAGAGAAUUAGAGCGUUUACAUGGGUGCUGAAAGAAGUUAAGGGGGCGAGGGAGGGGGUAAAUAGACAAGAGAGUUUUUCUUCUUUACAAUAUUCUUGUUAAUUUUUAGGAAGGGACUUACUGCUUGCUGUAAAUAUAUAUAUAUAUUUCUUCAUCUUAUCUAUCUAUCUACCUAUAAUAUAUAUAUAAAUAUGUAUAAUACAACUCUGAUGGUUACACUUUUAAUUUAGUUAAUUAAUUCUUUGUAUUCAAA